CUCCGCCUCUUCCCCAACUCGUAUUUCGCAAGCAUCAUAUGUCUCAGCGGCCCAGCGUCCCUCACUAUUCUUCCAUAGCCUUCUCCCACCACUCUCAUCUCCUGGUUUCCAGUGAGAUGAACUCCAAUUCCAACUGGUUAUAGUUCUUCUUCUCUCUCGGAUUGUUCGAAAGGAGGCUUCUUUCCCAGUUUUUUGGCAGAAAUUGAGCAUUUUGUUCGCCAAUUUGACCUAAAGUCGUGCCUUCUUUCUGCCCUUUGUUAGCGAGAGAUGGGAGCCAAAGGAUUUGUAGAAGGGGGCAUCGCCUCGAUUGUGGCCGGUUGCUCCACCCACCCGCUCGACCUUGUCAAGGUCCGCAUGCAGCUCCAAGGCGAGACCCUCAGCCCCGCCGUCUCUGCCCUCCGCCCCGCCGUCGCCCUCCACGGCAACCCCCGAGUGGCCGCUCUCCCACACCCCCACAUGACUCUGCACCCGCCGCCCCGCCCCGGUCCCAUCGCGGUCGGAGCGCAGAUCCUCCGAGCUGAGGGGCCCUCAGGACUCUUUUCUGGGGUCUCCGCCACCGUCCUCCGCCAGACCCUCUACUCGACCACCCGGAUGGGCCUUUACGAGAUGCUCAAGAAGCGAUGGUCCGCGUCCGCCGACGGCGGUUCCCUCCCGCUCCACCGCAAGAUCGCGGCAGGCCUUGUCGCCGGCGGCAUCGGCGCCGCGGUCGGCAACCCCGCCGACUUGGCCAUGGUCCGGAUGCAGGCCGACGGGCGGCUUCCCCCGGCGGAGCGGCGCAACUACCGGAGCGUACUCGACGCCAUCGGGCGGAUGGCCCGGCAGGAGGGCGUCGGCAGCCUGUGGCGCGGGUCGUCACUGACGGUGAACCGUGCGAUGAUCGUGACGGCGUCGCAGCUGGCAACAUACGACCAGGCGAAGGAAGCGAUCCUGCGGCGGCGCGGUGCGGGCUCGGACGGGCUGGGCACGCACGUAGCGGCGAGCUUCACGGCCGGGCUAGUGGCUGCGGCGGCGUCGAACCCGGUGGACGUGGUCAAGACGAGGGUGAUGAACAUGAAGGUGGGGAACGGGGCGCCGCCGCCGUACACCGGGGCGGUGGACUGCGCCCUAAAGACGGUGAGAGCGGAGGGGCCGAUGGCGCUCUACAAGGGCUUCAUCCCCACCGUGUCCCGGCAGGGCCCCUUCACCGUCGUCCUCUUCGUCACGCUUGAGCAGGUGCGCAAGCUGCUCAAGGACUUCUGAUUCUUGCUCCGCUGCCGACAGCCCACCAUUGCUUCUGCUACUAAAUUCUACUGCUUCCAUGAGAUGAUGGCGAUAGAAAUAAAGCAAUUAAGCAUUCAUACAUGCAAUAAUACGAUUUUGUUAUAGGUUUUGGUUUUAGCAUUAAACUUGAAUGAUAUUUUACGCUGCGAAA